GGCCAGUUUGUGUCAGGGAGGAAAACGAGCGCUUUACCGAGGUCCUGCAACAAGUUGGACGUGCUGCGUAAGUUUAAUAUAUUUUUUUGGCCGCAGCCCACCUGGGAACGUCAUCUUUACUGCAAGCGAGGCCGCUCGACGAUUGGAUCACCUCGUAAGCGCGCACAAAAAAAAGAGUCCCUGAUUGGCCUCCCUUUCGCACCAUAACAGAACUGAGGAUGAGCGGCCUGGAUCCACGGAGGAUGAAAGUGACUGAGCUGCGGGCUGAGCUGCAACGCAGAGGCCUGGAGAGCCGUGGAUUAAAAGCAGAGCUGUGCGAGAGGUUGCAGGAAGCUCUCGAUUCUGAACUCCUAGGGGGCGAUGAAGAGAAAGGGGCUUUUAUACAGGAAAUGGCUGGGGGUGAUGAAGAGCUGGCUCUGGAACUAGGGGACGAAGAGGAUGAAGAGGAGAUGCUACAUGAAGGUCAGGAGGAUGAGGAGGAAGAUUUUAAUCCAAAUGAGGUGGAAGCAGUGGCAGCCCAGGAAAAUGAUGCUGUACCUGUAAAGAAACAACUUGAAGAGGAGACUGACUCACAGGCUGAGAAAAUAGAACCCCCUCCUGUUGUAGAAGAGGAGGAAUCUGAUAUGGGGGUCGAAUCCCUAAAUGGAGCAGCUUCAAAAACAGACCCAGGGGACUCGGUUGCAGAGGAGUGUGGGGACGAAGAAAAAUCUGAAACGGCUGAGAGUAGCCAGAAUAAAGUGGAGUUGGCUGAUUCAAGGAGCUCUGAGCCAAAACGUUACGGGGUUAAGAGAAUAAGGGAGGAUGAACAGAAUGGUCGAACAUACCAUGAAUUCAAAGAGGAGGCAUAUUACAGCAGAUCAAAGUCUCCAGUUCCUCCUGAAGAGGAAGACAGCGAAGUAGAUGAAAACAUUGUGUGCUUGGAUAAAUUGACUUGUGACUUGCAGUUGAAACUGGAUAAGGACCAAUUUGGAGGGAGACCACUUUUCUAUGAAAAAUUCCCUUCAUUGUGGUCAGGUUCACGGGCCACUCAUGGAGUGACUAAGGGAAAAGUCUACUUUGAAAUCAAGGUAACAGAGAAUUUACCACAAAAGGAAGGGUGCACAGAAACUCCAUUGUUACGUGUUGGUUGGUCUGUUGCCCAGUCAUCGUCUCAGCUUGGUGAAGAUGACUUAUCCUAUGCUUAUGAUAGUAGAGGCCUGAAAGUCACCAGCUCGCAUUUUGAUCCAUAUGGGGACACAUUUGGAGAAAAUGAUGUGAUUGGCUGCUUUGCUGACUUGGAAGGUGACUCUGUGGAUCUUUUUUUCUCCAAAAAUGGGGAGAAUUUAGGUGAAGCGUUCCACUUGGAAAAGGAAGUGGCAGACCAGCCAUUGUUUCCUCAUGUGCUAUGCAAAGGUUGUGUGUUUCAGGUCAAUUUUGGGCAAAAAGAUGAGGCCUGGCACCCACCACCUGAUGGGUUCAUUUUCCUGAAGGAUGCCCAACCUGAAGACCUGGCAAGGUCAUUAGAAUCCCCAGAGACAGAGGAGUAUGAGGUUUUGCUAAUGAUUGGCCUUCCAGGAUCUGGAAAAACUACAUGGGCUCUGAAUCACAGCCAGGAGAACUCUGAAAAAAAAUAUCUGCUCUUGAGCACUGACAUACUGCUUCCACAAUUGAAGACCGCAGGACCCGACCCACAGCAGGAAGAUUCUAAAGCUAAAGAUAGUUUAACCCAGCUAGCCACACAGUGUCUAAUCAGAUUGAUUCCACUUGCCGCCCGCAGAAAGAGAAAUUACAUAAUAGAUCAGUGCACAGUUUAUAACUCUGCUCAACGCAGGAAGAUGAAUUGCUUUAAAGGCUUCCAGCGGAAGGCAGUCGUGGUCGUGCCUAGUGAGGAAGAAUGGAAGAAAAGGGUAGAACAGCGGAAAGAAAAGGAAGGGGAGAUCAUUCCUGAAACGGUUCUCCUUGAGAUGAAAGCCAACUUUAAUAUUCCUAAAAAGACCGAUUACCUGCAUGAAAUCCUCUAUCCAGAGCUGGACUGUGAUGAGGCAGAGGCUCUUAUAAUUGCAGCCAAAAAAGAGGCACGUCAGCUGCUGCCUGCUCCUGAAAAGAGAGGAAAUCGUAUGCACAAGAGGAAUCGCUCAGACAGGGGGCGGGGGGGAUACCAUGGUACAGGCAAUUAUCAGCAGAGAGACUACGGUAACCGCAUGUUUAUGAAUCACCCAAGGCAGCAGAUGUACCAUCAGCAGCAACAGCGAUCCUACUGGGCACCACAGAGAGGAGGCUAUCAGAACUAUUAUGACCAGUAUCCAGCUCAGCAGAACAGAUACUAUGGUCAGUACCAGAACUACAGACAGCAGAAUAGAGGGCACUGGCAGAACUAUGAAGACAGGACACAGCACUGGAAUUAUCAAGGGUACCGCGGGCGUCGGUGAAAGUUUAUUUGGCAGGAUGGGGAUGAUGUGGGUUGUGUUAUGGUUUUAGUGGGUGUUGGGGUGGAUUGUAUAUUUUUUUUUUUUUUUUUUUUUUUUUUUAACGUAUAAAAAUAAAAACAUGGAAGUCUCCUCCCUUGUGGGGAACAAACUGCCUAGCAUGUACAGUUUGGGGCCUAUUGCUUUAUGUAAGGCUCAGCAUUUUAAACUUGUGUUCUGCCCUUAUGUAUUGCCUGUGGCUUUCAGUCCUGCUGUAUUUGAGGCUUCUGUCUUGCAGCACUGUCAUGCCCUGCAGAGCAUUUAGGGUUCAGAAUCUGGUUUGAUUUUAUUGUUUUUAUACACAGUAGUGCUCUCUCCUGCUUGCUAUAAUUCUCCUUCGGGAGCUAUAUGCAGUCAUUUUAGCUUCUGUCUCUCAUCUGAUCAAAUCUUUUUUAAUUUUUA